AUGAUCGAAAACAGUAUUGACGCACAUGCCACGAACAUUAUCAUUUCCAUAUCGCAUGGAGGUUUGAAGCAGAUGCAAAUUCAGGAUAAUGGAGAUGGAAUUCUUAAAGAAGAUCUUCCCAUUCUGUGUGAGCGCUACACCACGAGCAAGUUGCGAAUACUCGAUGACCUCAGUACAAUUCAAACCUUUGGAUUUCGCGGCGAAGCCUUAGCGUCCAUUAGUACUGUGAGCAGAGUCAUGGUCGUAACAAAGCGAGAGUCCGAUAUUUGUGGGUGGAAAGCUCGCUAUCGCGGAAACGAGCUAAUCGAUGGCAAAUUGGAAGCAGUGGCGUCCACAAAAGGCACCAGCAUCACGGUGGACGAUCUCUUCUACACGAUUCCUUCCCGCCAAACCAUGUAUUUGGGCAAAGAAUCCGAAGAAACCAAACAAAUCGUCUCCUUACUGCAGCUCUUCAGCAUCCACUACGCUCCGCAGGGCAUUUCCUUCCUCCUCAAGGAAAUACCGAACCGCGUUUUGUUCAAAUCUCCGCGCUGCGCCUCCUUAGAAGACAGCAUCGCAGGCGUUUUGGGCUCCGCCAUCCGCCCCACGCUCCGCCGAAUCCGAGUCGAGCGGGAGUCCGGCGUGGAAUGUCCAUUUUCCGCGGAAAUCGUGCUCUCUCCGAAGUCGCCAAUCCCGAUUUCCCCCGCGGUGAGCUUCGUUUUGUUCGUGAACGGCCGCGCGAUCCAGAACUCGCGGCUUCGCCAGGGGAUUCGGCGCGUUCUGGAACAGUAUUACUACUGCAGCGACUCGAACAGCCGGUCCCGCAAUCAGAGCCAAUUUUGUUAUGUGUCGCUGGAGAUCGACACACGUAUGGUGGACGUCAAUGUGCAUCCGAACAAGCGCGAGGUCUGCUUUCUGGACGAGGACUACGUCGUGAAACGGAUCGUGGAAACGGUGGAAACGGAGAUCGAUCGGGCGUUGAGUCUGCAGGCGGUGGGGAAGGUCACGCCGACGAAGGGAGUGUCCCGCGGGGAUGGCGUGUGCGCGCAGAGCGCGUCGAAGAAGGUGCGCGUGGAUUACUCGCAGCGGACGAUUCAAUUCGCCACGCAGGAAAACUCGAUUUGUUUGGAUGAUUCGUGGAUGGGUGAGGAGAGCGCGGACCCCGCGAGGGACUCCGCGGUUUCCACGGUUUCCGCGGUUUCUCCGAUUCAUCGAUUGGCGAGAUCAUCGAAUCAGGAGAGUUUUUUUGAAUCACCGACACAAACGAAAACCAAAACGAAUUUAAAUUCCAAUUCCAAUUCCAAUUCAUCCUCCACUCCAAAUCCUUCUCUCAAUCCAACCUCCCUUCACUCACCAAACCCAAACCCAAACCCAAACCCAAACCCAAACUCCCCGUCUGCUUCACAAUCCUUCGCCGCGUCGCUUUCGUUCAUUCCAUCGCAGCCCUCCUCCCUCGACGCUCUUUCUUCCUCCCUCGACGCCUCGCCCUGCCUUCCCCACACGCAGGGCCGUCGCUCCUUGGCCAUUCUCUCCGACAACGUCAUCGACACGCCCUACAAACCCACGCGCGACGACCUCCAGCUCUCCAGCGUCUUCGCGCUCUGCGAGGACGUCCGCAUCGCCGGCUCCAACUGCUCCAACACGCGCGAAAUCCUGCAGAAAAGCGUGUUCAUCGCCUGCCUCGACGACACAUCGAGCGCCGUCGUGCAGUUCGAGAACUGCCUCUAUCUCUUCCGCUUGUCGCUGAUUUUAGAGGAGUUCUUCUAUCAGCUCAUUCUCUUCAACUUCGGGUGCUUCUACGAGAUUCAAUACAUGGAUCGCGCACUCGAUAUCCAAACACUCAUUUCGGCCGUGGAGGCCAAGAAGGGAGAAACAUGCUCGAUGAGCAAGUUGAAGGAGUUCGCUCCGAUGCUGAAGGAUUACUUUUCGAUAGGAAUUGAACAGGAUGAGAAUGGAAAAUGGGUCCUUCGCGCACUGCCUCUGCUCAUCUCGGACUAUGAGCCGUUCUACGGGUAUUUACCGCUGUUUUUGUUUAAUCUAUGCACGCAGGUGCACUAUACGAACGAAAAGCAAUGCCUGGACGAGAUUGCAAGAGAACUCGCGCGUUUUUAUAGUUUUAUUCCUGUUUGCAAAGAAAGAGAAGAGAAGGAGGAGUGGGAGAGCUUGAUCCAAUCUGUGUUGUAUCCUCAGGCAAAGAAGCAGAUGAUUAUCUCGGAUAGACUUUGGAGCUCGGGUGCAAUUCAGCUUCUAGCAAGUACAGAUCGACUGUAUCGUGUUUUCGAGCGCUGUUUUGGUGUUUGUACAAUCAAACCAUCAAAUUUAAAGCCCGAUUUUUGUCUGUUCAAAAUCACUUCCAAGCAGAAUUGUAUGGAUGCAACAGAUCAGCUCUGA